AUGUCGGACAUCAUCAAAGGUUUCUCUAGCUUGGUCGCCUCGAUCUUUGAGAUUUUCAAAGGAAUCUUCACCACUGCAUUUGGCACGGUCGAGUCAGCCCUAGAAUUGGUUGUGGGAAUUUUCAGAAACCUCUUCAAUGUCGCUGAAGGAUUUGUUGGCUUUAUUUUAGGAAACAUUUUCAUCAUUGGAACGAUUGCUGCGCUAAAGAAAGAGGGAUUGACAUGA